GGCGAACGGUGGCGAAUGUCAAACAGCGCGCGCCUUUUUCUGCUUACACAAAAAGUUUUGUCUGGGCUUCUCAGGAAUUUCACAACGCGUCUAUUUCUUAUUUUUGUGUUUUAAUUUGGUGGAAAAGGUGAUUUCUGUGUUGAAGAAGAACCGGAAAUAACAAUGGAGUUACCGUACUUGACGGAAUAUGCAAAGUCCAGCAGGGCUUCCUGCCGCAAAUGCAAGGGGAAAAUUGAAAAGGGAGAAUUGAGGUUAGCUGUAAUGGUUCAGUCAGCCUUCCAUGAUUCCAAACAACCUAAUUGGUUCCAUUCAACGUGCUUUUUUGAGAAACAACGCCCGGCUUCUGAGGGGGACAUUUCCGGGUUUGCGAGUCUCCGGACGGAGGAUCAGGAUUUUAUUUCAAAGGAAAUUGCAAAACUCAAUGGGCCUGGAACAUCCGGAACUUCUGGGAAAGGAAAAGGAAAGAAGCGGGGUGCUGAGAAUACCUUGCUGAAGGAUUUUGGUGUUGAAUACUCUAAAUCUGAUCGGGCAACAUGCUGUGGUUGUCAACAGAAAAUCCUCAAAGCGGAAGUACGUAUAAAGAAGGUCGUCUAUGAUACAGAGAUUGGCAUGAAAUUCGGAGGGCAGCCGCUAUGGCAUCAUGUUGAAUGUUUUGCCAAAUGUCGCGGGGAAUUGAUGUAUUUCACAACAGGCGAUCAACUACCCGGAUUCAAUACCCUGUCCAAGGAGGAUAAGGCUGCGGUUAAGAAGGCACUUCCAGCUGUUAAGGAAGCCGAUAUGCCGGUGACUGUGAAGAAAGCCAAAGUUGAGAAGGAAGAUGAAGAUGAUAAGGCGACAAAGGAGAAGAUCAAGAAACAAAAUGAUAAAUACUUUAAGCUUCAUCGUUUGCUUGAAGAUUCAAAAAUGACCAAAAAUCAUUUCUGGGAGAUUCUUGAGCACAACAAGCAGGACACGCAGGAGGGGAAAGAUGCUUCUUUGAAUCUGGUUUGCGACAUUCUAACCUUUGGUGCUCUCGAACGCUGCACUGAAUGCAAGGGUCAACUGGUGUUCAGUGACAACGGUUACAAGUGCACCGGGUCAAUUUCCGAAUGGUCAAAAUGCUUGAAUGUCGUCAAAGAACCAAAGAGAUUCAAAGCAAAAAUUCCCCAACAUAUCGUUGAGAAUUUUGGCUUGGAAAAGGUGAAGCCCAAAGUGGAGACAAGAGCCAUCAAGUACCACGCUGUUAGUGCUGCAGUCGCUCAAUCAAUGGUGAAGAAGGAGAAUGGAAAUGAUGAAGCAGAUGGCCCAAAAGUUACUCGUGAAAAGGGGAAGCUGUACAAUAUGGAAUUCUUCCUGAUGGGACGCCUAACUCGCUCUAAGGAUGACAUUCGUGCAGCAUUGAGACCCUUUGGUGGUCGUGUUGGAUCACGUCUGCACGAAAACACAAUGGCUGUUAUUGCCACGGAGAAUGAAGUGGAGAAGAUGUCCUCAAGGAUGGAGCAAGUGAAGGAGUUGAAGAUUCAAGUUAUACCGGAAUCCUUCCUCGAUGAAAUUGCCACCAUUGAUGUCUUCAACUACAUCACAUCAAACAGUCUGUGCGACUGGGGAGCUGAUCCAUCGACUCGUGUCAAGGCGGAAGAGGCAAAAUCCAAGUCAAAGAGUAUCUAUGAGAAAUCCGUUCCGAAGAGUUUGAUGGUACGCCUGAAGAAUGGCUCAGCUGUGGAUCCGGAUUCAGGGCUGGAGGAUGUGGCGCACGUGUACAAGGAGAAUGGACGGCAUUGGACAUGUGUCCUCAGCAAGACUGAUGUGAGCACAUCCAAGAACUCCUACUACAAAUUGCAACUCCUCCAAGCUGACAAUGCCAAGCAGUACUGGGUGUAUCGUGCUUGGGGUCGUAUUGGGACGACAAUUGGUGAUAGAAAGAUCAGCAAUUAUCGAGAUCUCGAGAGCGCCAAGGAGGAAUUUGAGGAUCAAUAUUUCGAUAAGACUGAUAACAUGUGGGGCUUGAGGGGGAAGUUUGUGAAGCAGGCGGGGAAGUACUAUGAGCUGGACAUUGAGUAUGGGGACAGUAAGACCGAUAAGAUGUCCAUGGAGAGUUCGGUACCGUCAAAAUUGCAGCCUCAGGUGCAGGAUCUGAUAAAGCUCAUCUUCGAUAUUGAUGCCAUGAAGAAGGUCAUGUUGGAGUAUGAACUUGACAUGGAUAAAAUGCCUCUGGGGAAGUUGAGUGAGAAGCAAAUACGAUCAGCCUACGGCGUCCUCACGGAAUUGUCGCAACUCAUUGAGAAAGGUGGGAGUAAUGCGAAGUUUGUUGAUGCCACAAAUCGCUUCUUCACGUUGAUUCCGCACAAUUUUGGCGUUCGAAGUCCUCCGUUGCUGGAUAAAGCGGAGGAGAUUCAGAGUAAAAUUGCCAUGUUGGAUAGUUUGUUGGAGAUUGAGGUGGCCUACAGUCUCCUCAAGGCGGACACAGUGUCUGGUGUGAAUCCCGUGGAUACACACUAUGAGCAGCUGAAGACAAAUCUUGAGGUACUCGACAAGGAAUCCGAGGAAUUUGCCCUGCUUUCGAAGUACGUGAAGAACACCCAUGCAGCCACGCACAAUUUGUACGAGCUUGAGAUUGAGGAGAUCUUCAAGGUUAAACGCAACGGGGAGGAUCGUCGGUACAAGCCCUUCAAGAAGCUCCACAAUCGACGCCUUCUCUGGCACGGUUCCCGCACGACCAAUUACGCUGGUAUCCUGUCGCAUGGGCUGAAGAUUGCCCCGCCCGAAGCACCCGUUACGGGCUACAUGUUCGGCAAGGGAAUCUACUUUGCGGACAUGGUGUCAAAAUCAGCAAACUACUGUUGCACCUCAUCGGCCAACAAUACCGGCUUGAUGCUUCUCUGUGAGGUGGCUCUCGGGGAUAUGCAGGAAUUCACCAAUGCCAACUACGUGACCAAACUACCCACCGGAAAGCACAGUGUUAAGGGUAUCGGGAAGUCCUUCCCGGAUCCAAAGCAAAGCUACAUGCGUGAUGAUGGCGUAGAAAUUCCCCUCGGAACAGCCAUUGAGGAUAAAAAGCUGAAGAAAACUUCACUCCUUUACAACGAAUUUAUCGUCUACGAUGCUGCUCAAGUAAAUAUUCAGUACCUCUUCAAGAUGAAGUUCAAGUAUCAAUUCUAAGAAGAAAACAACACGGAGUUGAACUAAAAGGCGCAUUCCUUUAUUUUUUUGAUCAAUUUUUUAAAUGUUUAAAGUUUUUUUUUGUUUAAUUUUAUUUAAGUUGAUGAAUUUCACUUUCUUGAUUAUUAUCUUUUCCCUCCUUUGCCUCGGGCAAUGUCCCAUCUUCAUGCUUCGUGGUGUGAUCUGUUGAGAGAGGAGAACAUAAAAUAUAAAACUUUAUAAUAAUUCCCAUCAUGAAAGCUUAAUAAUAAAGAAGAAAUUAACUAA